AUGCCGGUCCUGAGCUGGUGCGGACAGAAUGAUGACUGGGUCUACAAGCACUUCGCCUCGCGCUAUGAGGAGCGGCCAACGGCACCGGAGAAUGCUGCGGUGAUUUUGUCGUGCAACCUCCAUUGCAAAGAGGUGCCGUCGUUGGAGCUGACCGCAUCCGGUGAGGUCCUUGAGCCGAACUUGGAGCAGCAAAGGUGGCGGUCUCGGGUGUUGCGGCAGCUCCUGGCGUACUCACCUGACAUUCUUUGCCUGCAGCAUGUGGAGGCUGAGUUGACAUCAUCAGUUUGCAGCUUGGAGAGGAACGGAGGUCAAGCAUCCUAA